GGGUCAUCACAGGACGCUUUCUUCCUUAUUUCUUCUCCGGGUUCCGCUCAACCAUCGUACAUGGCCACUAGAGCCUCCGUGCCUUGAGGUGUCAGGAUCUGCGGCAUAGAUCUGUGUAGUACAUUCCCAAUUCGAACGUGCGCAGUAUCCGAAUGGUAAUAAUCUCUGCUUUCUCUGUUUAGCUACCGGAGACUUUUCAAAGGCGAAAAAGUAAUUAAACCAAAAUCAAAGGUCAUCUGAAGGUCAUUCUAAAUCGUUGGAGGAGAUAUUCGCUGGACUACUGAUCAACGCUACAGUCAUAAUGGUGCUGACUUACAGAGUGGUUGUCAAUGUUCAAUGCAACCAUCGAGUCAAAUAUCCUUACCUUGGGUCAACAACAAGUAUAUUCAAUAGUACCAAUGGGCAGAUGAGAUUCCGAAGGUUCCGACGGCGAAUGAGCGGAACCCGACGGCUAAACCGUUCUGAAGGCAGUAUACUAGUACUGUAUGUCGGGCGUUCAACUUUUCCGCAGCCUUCAAACUGAAAGGUUGACUAGUGACCCCAAAAAAGAACACUCCUUCCAACUUCCAACUUCCAACUUUCGGUCAUGAGCACGAACUACGCCCAAGCACUUGGCAUUCGCUCUGUAGCACCAGCGGUCAUAUUCGCAAUUCUUUACUUCCCUCUGAUACCAAUAUUCAUGCUCAAACUUCGGAAAGGAAUCACCCGGCUCCCUAUCGUCUUAUCAGUAUUCUGUACCAUUCGAGUAGCAGUAUUCAUAAUCCGCGCCAUUGUCGCCAGUUCCUCCACUGUAGGAAACAACAUCGAUGUAUUAAUCGCAGAAGCCGUGUUAGUAUCCAUUGGUUUCUUCGGUUUGUUGUUCGGGGCGUACGGACUAGUCGUAGAUCGAUUGAAUCUCUGCGCUCCCGCACCAACUAACCCACUAUUUCGACUCAUUCGUAACCAACGUGUGUACCACCUGAUCGCCCUUGUGGCCGUCAUUUUGAGUAUCGUAGCCAGUACGAAUACGACGAGCUCUCAUCCGACUGAGGAGGAUGUAGAGCUGGGGAAAACGUUGAAGGAAGCCAGCACUAUUAUUUUCCUGAUCCUCACAGUCCUCCAGACAUUUCAGACGAUUACAUUGGUGCAAGCGGAGAGAUCUAGAUCUGUUUCUGAAUCUCGUCCUUCAUCGUUCGGCUCGAAAUACGUUUCGAGUAUUCUCCUCCUCCUCUCGUGUAUGCUCCUUGUCAGAGAGGUAUUUUCCACAGCCACUAUGACCGAUCCUCUGAAAGCGAACAACGAGAAGUUCUGGUACCCGCUCGUUGCACUGCCGGAAUUCAUAUGUGCUGUUCUGUACGCUGUUCCGGGGGUUAUUCCAGAUCCGGAUGAGGUGAAGAGAACGGAGGAGAGUUUGCGUUUGCCUAUAUAUAGCGGAGUAGCGGGUCGUGCGAGUCCUAGUCAGUAGGGAGGGGUGCUAGCUGACGAAUGUUGAAUCAGAUUCCUGGAGGGUUUUCAGUUA